UAUCAACAGAGGGCGUUAGCUUUGCGGGAAUUUUCAAACAGAUUAAAAUAUUAAUAAAAAUUUCCAAAUUUUAAGUAUUAUUUCUCAAAGAAAUAUGUCGAAACGAUUGAUACAAUCACUUUACCGCUUGAAACCAACUAAAACGUUAUUCAUGUUGUGUGACGUACAGGAAAAAUUCAAACCAGCUAUUCCCUUGCUCGGGGCGGUAAUUGAAAACUCAAAUAAAUUGAUAGAAGCGGGUAAGCUGUUGAAUGUUCCAUUAGUGGUUACGGAGCAAUAUCCUGAAAGAUUAGGCAGCACAGUACACGAAUUGGAUGUGAAGCAUGCCUGUGGCAUCGUGCCAAAGACCAGGUUCAGCAUGAUUGUACCGGAAGUUACAAAUAUAAUGAACGAUAUUUUUAGCGAUAAGCCCGAGACGGCUGUGCUUUUUGGCAUUGAGACGCAUGUGUGCAUAGAGCAAACGGCCUUUGACCUUAUCAAUAAUAGCAUAAAUGUGUGGCUGGUCGCUGACUGCUGUGCUUCGCGUCUCAAUCAGGAUCGCGAUUUAGCACUGGCGCGGCUACGUGGCAUUGGCUGCAUAAUAGCCAGCACGGAAAGCGUGAUAUUCAAUCUGCUCUCCGAUAAGAACCACAAGUCCUUCAAGCAGAUAGCGCCGCUCUUGAAGAAAGUGUCAGCCGACGUGAAGCUUUGGCUACCCACAACGAGUGUCAAGGACAAGGAAUGAUAUGGCCAAGCGGCGUCUUUGAUGUCUAUUCAUUUACCAUUAAGGUAGUAUUUUUGUGUAGCUCAUAGAAAUUAUGAAAGAGUCGAGCAGAGAUAGGGCCUGCCUGUCCUCCGGCCAGCAUCGUCAUCUCAUAAACAUUUUGCCCAGCGGACAGCUGAAUGGAGCGUUACCUCAGCGGCGCCUUAUAAGCCAGCCAGCCAGGCAGUAGCGGUAGCCUGCAUUGACGCCAAGCCUCCUUGCUGCCAAUUUAUGCGAAGACUUUCGAGCACCCCUUGUACGACUAUACCAAGGCAGUUAAAUUUCAUGAUCCAAUCGCAACAAUCUCCGCAUGUUGUUUGCCUACGCGCCAGAGGCAACCGCUAGGUGAUGGUGACAAUGUAGCAGGCGUCUGAUUGACUCAUAACAGGCCAAGAUCCCAAUCUCAUCUGCAUGCCAGGCAGCUAGAUCGCUGUCUAGCUAGCUAGCCCCCUCCGGCUCUGUUGGCAAUUUAUUUGCCUAAGCCCUGCCAGCUGAGUGCCAGCUCGAUUGGAUCGCAAGUGAAACUGAUGGCUACGGCGCGAUGGCACGCGAUAUGCAAACAGCAUGCCCAAAGAUCUGGCCAAUUAUGCACCAGCUCGCUUAUCUAAUCCCAACAAAAUAUUAAGCUGCAGCUUAGCCAGCAACGCGGCGUGUGAGCGGCUGCAGCCACGCCAAGCUGCAGUGCAACGGUAACGUGCGUAAGCGUCGGCCAGCUUUGGCGGCUCCAGCUGUUAGCUGCCAGCUGAUAGCAGGCUGCAGCCUGUUGCCAGUCGCUGACGCAGCCAGCGGCCAUAAAUUUCCGGGCCGAGGUUCGAGACCGGUUCGCAAGCGUGGCAUAUUAAUAAAUUUUGGUUUAGCAAAACGAUAAAAAUGAUAAAUCUGCGAAAUUGCCAAACCGUGUGCAAAUGAACAGGCGAUCAGGCAAGCUUCAGCUCUACGACUCAUCGCGACUGGGAUUUAUGUGUCUGCUGCCCGGCAAGUGGUAAGUGGCAAGUGGCAACAGCAACUGCAACUGCAACUCAGCUGCUGGACUGAAUUGUAAACAAAUUUAAAGCUAAGCUAGCCGAUGUAUUUAUACGCUUAUUUCGAUUAUUUUAUUUAUGC